CUGUUUUCAACACACGGCAGCUUCACAAAUCGCUAACUAGCUGAAUCAUUUGGUGGAAGUCUCCCGUUUUCUUGUGAGUUUACGUGUCUUGCAGUGCAAUGGCGGCAAGAUACGACAGAGCUAUCACUGUAUUCUCUCCCGAUGGCCAUCUCUUCCAAGUGGAGUAUGCACAAGAAGCUGUAAAGAAAGGCUCCACAGCGGUGGGAAUCAGAGGUAAAGACAUCGUCGUCCUUGGUGUUGAGAAGAAAUCUGUGGCAAAGUUGCAGGAGGAACGGACUGUCCGUAAGAUAUGUGCCCUGGACGAGCAUGUCUGCAUGGCAUUUGCAGGUCUGACCGCAGAUGCCCGUAUCGUGAUAAACAGAGCUCGGGUUGAGUGCCAGAGCCACAGGCUAACUGUUGAGGACCCAGUCACAGUGGAAUACAUCACACGCUACAUAGCCACACUGAAACAGCGCUACACUCAAAGCAACGGGCGCAGGCCAUUUGGCAUCUCUGCCUUAAUCGUUGGCUUUGACUACGAUGGGACUCCCAGGCUGUAUCAGACAGACCCGUCAGGAACCUACCACGCCUGGAAGGCAAACGCAAUCGGCCGGAGUGCAAAAACUGUGAGGGAGUUCCUGGAGAAGAAUUACACAGACGAAGCCAUUGCUGGGGACAAUGAGGCAAUCAAGUUGGCUAUCAAAGCUUUGCUCGAGGUUGUCCAGUCAGGAGGGAAAAACAUUGAACUUGCUGUCAUCAGACGGAAUCAGCCAUUGAAGAUUUUGGAAUCCAAGGAAAUCGAGACCCUGGUGGCUGAGAUCGAGAAGGAGAAAGAGGAGGAGGCAGAGAAGAAGAAGCAGAAAAAAACCACCUGAAUCUGUUAACUGAGAGUUGCUCUUUAUUGCACUUGGAAGACAAUAACAUACUGGGAUUGCAAAUAUUAGCGAGUUUUAGAGGGUUUACUUCUCUCAUUCAUUUCAUUGUGCGGAUCUGAAUCACAACUUGCGAUCUGUUGAUGUUGUUUAAAUAUUUGAAUAAUACUGUACCAUUCACAAAGAAUAUCAAGCUCCUAUACUUCCAGCCGUUGACUCGAUCAAUAUUUAAAAGCACAUACAUGGAUCUCAAGUUAGGAUUUAGAUCUGAAGUUAGGCUCUGAGGAUGUUUUUAUAUCAUACACCAAACAGAUGGUAAUGAAUCUCAACUGUUGAAAUAAACCAGCUUGUAACAUUCAGAAACUAAAUGCUCAAUAAAAGCUGACUUGUUUGUA